AUGUAUUCUGAUGUUCCUGGUGGCAAUGAUAAUAACGAAUCAGAAACGGAUGAUUCUUUAAGUAGUAGAAUAGAUCUACAUAAUGAAAAUCAAAAUGAAGAUAUAUCUUUUGAUACAAUAUAUAAUGUAUUUAAUACCGUUGAAUCAACACGUAUACGUAAUGAUGAAGAUAAACGUUUGAUAACUAAAUUUCAUGAAAAACCAUUUCAAGAAUUAAAAGUUCUUGUUAAUGAAAAAAAACAACAAACUAAUCAACAAAUAGAAAAUUUAUUAAAUGUUCGUCAUUUAUCAAAUGAAAAAUUAUCAUCUAGAGUAUUAAAUGAUAAUUCAAUUUCAAAUGAAAAUUUAAAAUUACAAAUAAAUAAAAUUAAUUAUCCAGAACUAUUUACUUAUUAA